UGUAAAUUCUACGUCUACUAAGCAAAAUUCCAUUUCCAAUAUUCUCAGUUUAUCACUUCAAAAUAGUUUUCUCUAAUCAAUAUUAUUCUCAAUUUGUUCUCAUCGGACUUUGUGGGAGAAAGUGCAGGCACUACGGGCCUCAAAUAAAUGACUUCAAUUGAAAAACAAUCUUCAGUUGUUGCAAGGCUACUGCUCUUUGUACUGUUAGCUUUCAAUGUUCCACUCACCCAUUCCUCAUCAUUAACAUGUGUUGAUUUUGCAAUGAAGGAGAACGGAGAGUGGAAUAUGGAGGAUGAUGUCCCCCUGAAGGUUACGUUCUGUGCGGGUGCUACUCACUGGACCGAUGCCAUACCCAUCGGAAAUGGCCGUCUUGGGGCCAUGAUUUGGGGUGGCGUUUCAUCAGAACUUAUUCAGCUCAAUGAGGACACACUUUGGACUGGGACACCUGGCAACUAUACCGACAGCACUGCUCCGGCAGCACUGGCUGAAGUCCACAAACUUGUUGAUAACAGAAAUUACUCUGGCGCUACAGAAGAAGCUCUCAAAUUGUCAGGAGGUCCUGGUGCUAUGUACCAACUUCUUGGUGAUAUCAAGUUAGAGUUUGACGAUUCUCAUGCUGCAUACUCUAACGAGUCUUACUACAGAGAACUGGAUUUGGAUACGGCAACAGCAAAAGUAAAAUACUCCGUGGGUGAUGUAGAAUAUAGUCGAGAACAUUUUGCUUCUUAUCCAGACCAAGUAAUAGUGUCAAGAAUUUCUGCAAGCAAGCCAGCUUCGUUAUCAUUAACAGUGUCUUUGGAUAGCAAAUUACCUCACAGUUUGCAAGUUAGUGGCCAAAAUCUGGUACUAAUGAAAGGAAGCUGUCCUGGUGAGAGGCAACCACCAAAAGUGAAUUCAAGUGCCAAUUUAAAGGGAAUUCAAUUUUCUGCUGCUCUUGAUGUACAGAUUAGUGGUGAAAAGGGGAUUGUGCAUGUUUUGGAAGGUUCAAAAUUAAGGAUUGAAGGUUCCGAUUCUGUUGUUUUGCUUCUGACAGCUUCUUCUUCUUUUGAUGGACCAUUCACAAAACCUGAAGACUCUAAGAAAGACCCUACUUCAGACUCCCUCAAUGCAAUGAAGUCAGUUAAAAAAUUGUCAUAUGCUAACCUUUAUUCACGUCACUUGGAUGACUAUCAGAACCUAUUUCAUCGUGUGUCAUUGAAACUCUGUAAAAGGUCAAAUCCUUCCUCUCAAACCAUUCCAACUUCGGCAAGGGUCAAAUCUUUCCAAACAGAUGAAGAUCCUUCACUUGUGGAGCUUUUGUUUCAAUAUGGUCGAUAUCUACUUAUUUCAAGUUCACGUCCUGGAACUCAGGUGGCAAAUCUACAGGGUAUAUGGAACGAAGAACUUAAGCCUAAAUGGGAUGGUGCUCCUCACUUGAACAUUAAUCUUCAAAUGAACUAUUGGCCAUCUCUUCCUUGCAAUUUACUUGAGUGUCAAGAGCCGCUAUUUGAUUACAUUACCUCUUUGUCAGUCAGUGGAAGUAAAACUGCAAAGGUGAAUUAUAAAGCAAAUGGUUGGGUUACACAUCAUGUUUCUGACAUAUGGGCUAAAUCAUCCGCAUAUGCAGGUCCUGCGGUCUGGGCAUUAUGGCCAAUGGGUGGAGCUUGGCUCUGUACCCAUCUAUGGGAGCAUUAUACUUAUACAAUGGACAAAGAGUUUCUCAAAAACAAGGCAUAUCCUUUGUUGGAAGGAUGCACUUUAUUUUUGUUGGAUUGGUUGAUUGAAGGCCGUAAUGAAUUAUUAGAAACCAACCCGUCAACUUCACCGGAGCACAUGUUCAUUGCACCAGAUCAAAAGCCUGCCAGUGUGAGCUACUCGACAACCAUGGACAUGUCAAUCAUCAAAGAAGUUUUCUCAUCAAUUGUAUCUGCUGCUGAGGUUUUGGGGACAAGUAAUGAUGUUGUUAUCAAAAGAGUAACUGAGGCUCAGUCCAAGCUGCCACCAGUAAAAAUUGCUAGGGAUGGAUCUGUUAUGGAAUGGGCAGAAGAUUUCCAGGAUCCUGCAGUGCAUCAUAGACAUCUUUCGCACCUAUUUGGCCUGUUUCCGGGGCACACAAUAACUCCUGAAAAGACUCCAGACAUCUGUAUAGCUGCAGAUCUCUCACUAAUUAAAAGAGGAGAGGAUGGUCCAGGGUGGUCAACAACUUGGAAAGCUGCAUUAUGGGCACGUCUUAACAACAGUGAGCACGCAUAUCACAUGGUAAAGCACUUGAUUGUCUUGGUGAACCCUGAACAUGAAGUUAGAUUUGAAGGAGGACUCUACAGUAACCUGUUCACUGCACAUCCCCCUUUCCAAAUUGAUGCAAACUUUGGUUUCUCAGCAGCAGUUGCAGAAAUGCUUGUUCAGAGCACAAUGAAGGACCUUUACUUGCUUCCGGCAUUGCCUCGCGACAAAUGGCUGAACGGCUGCGUGAAAGGAUUGAAAGCACGUGGCGGGAUCACAGUGAACAUAUGCUGGAAAGAAGGUGAUCUGCAUGAAGUUGGGCUAUGGUCAGAAAACCAGAAAUCCCAAGUGAGACUACACCAUAGAGAAACCAUGGUGCUAGCAGAAUUAUCACCAGGCAUAGUUUACUCUUACAAUAAUCAGUUGAAGUGUGUGAAGACUGAAGACAUAUUCCAUUGCUGAAUUGAAUCCUUGAAAAUUUUUUGGUAGUUCAACCAAUUAACCUUGGAAUAUGUAAAUCAAUAUAAUGAAUUUACAUUA